AUGGCGGGACUCCCUACUACCAACCCAGAGUUCGACCGCUCGUCGCUCUCUGGUGCUUCCGCCGACAGGAUGAAGGACAAGGAUCUGGAGAAUCAACCAAAAGCUCCGGGCGCAUUGUCCGAUUCGGAUUCGGGGGAGAUCGGCAGACAAAUUGAGCUGGAGUCGGAUAACUCGAUCAAGUACCGGACUUGUAGCUGGCAGAAGACGGCUGCUCUGCUCUUCUCCGAGUAUAUCUGUCUGGCUAUGAUGUCCUUUCCUUGGUCAUACUCCAUCCUCGGUCUUGUUCCGGGAUUGAUCCUGACCGUGUUUAUUGCGGGUGUCGUUCUCUAUACAUCGCUCAUUAUAUGGAGGUUUUGCCUGCGUCAUCCGCACAUUCGCGAUGUCUGUGACAUUGGCCAGCACCUGUUCUGGGGCUCGAGGGUCGUUUGGUAUCUAACCGCGAUCAUGUUCUUGUUAAACAAUACGUUUAUUCAGGGCUUGCAUUGUUUGGUUGGUGCCGAGUACCUCAACACUGUUUCCGGCGGGGGGGUUUGCACCAUUGUGUUCGCCGUCGUUACCGCAGUAGCAUCUUUAAUCUGUUCGGUUCCUCGUACAUUUAACACACUGUCCAAGGUCGCGACCUUCUCAGCGCUCGCCACAUUCGUGUCCGUUCUGUUGGCCAUUAUUUUCGUUGGCAUCGAAGACCAUCCAGCGGGAUACAACACCGAGGAUGUCGGAUUUGGCGAUCCUAUCGUUAAGGCAAUUCCCGCAGCUGGGACUACGUAUGUCCAGGGAAUGAGCGCUUUUUUGAAUAUCAGCUAUACCUUCAUCGGCCAGAUCACACUGCCGAGUUUUAUCGCAGAGAUGAAGGAGCCGAAGGACUUUUGGAAGUCCGUUACCGCCGUCACGAUCGCCGAAAUCAUCCUCUUCAGCUUGGUCGGAUCUCUCGUCUACGCAUACACAGGAAACCAGUACAUGACAACUCCGGCGUUCGGCUCAAUCGGCAACGAGGUGUACAAGAAGGUUGCUUUCUCGUUCAUGGUCCCAACAAUCAUCUUCCUCGGUGUUCUCUACGCCUCCGUCUCCGCUCGCUUCAUCUUCUUCCGCAUUUUUGAAGGAACUCGCCACAAGGGUAACCACACUGUUGUCGGGUGGGCCAGUUGGAUUGGUAUUCUCGCCGUGCUGUGGACCUUGGCCUUCAUCAUCUCCCAGGUCAUUCCCUUCUUCCAGGAUCUCCUUUCCAUUAUGAGCUCCCUGUUCGACUCGUUCUUCGGUUUCAUCUUCUGGGGUGUUGCGUACCUUCGCAUGAGAUACGACGACCACGGGCCAGGCUUCUACAGGAAGCGCGGCAUCCGAGGCUGGAUCGGAGCGAUUUCAAAUGUAGGCUUGAUUGGAAUUGGCCUCUAUUUCCUAGGCCCUGGAACAUACGCUUCAAUCGAGAGUGUGAUCCUAGAUUACCAAGCAGGGAAAGUGGGAGGCGCUUUCUCCUGUGCGAACAACGGAGUCUAA